UGAAAACCCGACAGCUGUGUUCUUCAACUCUUUCACURACCCGUAUCACUGCAGACAAAUCUUUAUUAUAAACACAGCUGAGUAGAGUUUCCAAAACUUAGAAUUCCGACGCACUUAAUGGACUUUAAAAUCUGGAGUUGCUUCUCUGCAAUUGAGUUAACGCUUGCAAAGGGAACAUUUUGAAUUGACGCAGGACUUUGUUUUGAAGGCAAAAUGAAAGUGUCGAGGAAAAUGAAAGUUCGUUUUGUUCGAUUGCAAAAAACAGGUAGCUUCGUUAGAAGCAAAAUACCUAUGCGCUAAACACAAUACGGUUCACGGGUACUAAAAAUCUUACAGGUUUUCUCUUGUUCUGUUUGUGGCUAUUUAUUAAUAUUCAACAAUCUUGUAACCCUCUAGAUCCUCGGCUUCAGUGACUCUAACUCUUUGAUACUAACAAACAACACAGUUGUUUUUAAUCAGGUUCAUUAGUUUGGAUCAAAUAUUACUGCCUAAGAUAACUCUUAAAUCUGCUUGCUAUAAUCAAUUAGUAAUACAUUCGUUGAUCUCGAGACGAAGUAAAGACCCCACGCAAUAAUUAUUAUUCAUGUUUGAAUAUGCAAAUUAGUCCAUUGUGAUAGCAUCGCAUAUUCAUAUUCAUUCAUUGAGAACUCGUAUAGUCUUCAUUGAUGAGAGAGUGCUCAGAAAGCACCCAGUAAGGUUGUUACUAUACUACCUCCGUAGUACCAAGCAAGGCGCAGUCAAAUUCAUUCGUCUUACGUUUCGCGYCCUUUCUAGCCUAGUACACAGCUAUUUGAAGCAGGAUAGUCUUAGAUUAGAUUGUGCUGCAACAUGUUUUUCGAUAAUAACAUCAUACAACGAGGGGCAACCAUGGCAGACACUACAAAUCAAGAACUUAUUUCGGAUACCAUCAACGAGGAUCUCUACAAUCCCUCCAUUCAAAGCGAAGACAUGUGGAAACGUUUUGCCCUACCGACACCGCCGUAUUCACCCGAGACGUAUUCCAACACUUCCAAAACCCACGUCUUCUCUCAACACCCUCAGAACAACCUCCAAGUAGUCCCGGACGAUUUUCCUGAAGACCUUUCAUCUGAUCUACCUAUGGUUCUUUCUGAUGCUGAAAUGGAACGUCUUACCUCCAGUACCUUAGGUAAUGACUGUGUAUGGAGUGAACAUGAGUUGGACCCAAAUACUACUAUUCCACAGAUCCGAGCUCCAGUCUGCCAGCUAGAUAGCAUGAGGGAGUCUCAAACAUUAUACUCCCAGCCUGAAAAGCAUUUCAGAGAGUACCAUACAUUCCCACAAGGUCUACCAGUACAAAAGAGCUGUAUGAAUCAACAACACCAACAACAACCUCCUCAAAACUGGGCACCUUACGCAGUUGAGGCUAAUUCUUCACAAGCAGUAAAUUGUGCAAGGCCACCACAGCAAGAAGAGUUCGCGCCUCCAAGAAUUGAAAACAUAAACUGUAAAAGACCCCGAAAAACAAGACGCGGCAGUCGCAACUCUCCUCAGCGGCGAGAAAGCAUCGAAAACGAAGACUCGGAGGACAGCGAAAUAAGUCGGGCAACUCAUAACGUUCUUGAACGUCAGAGGCGUGAAGAUCUGAAAUGCCGUUUUCAGCUUCUUAGAGACUGUAUUCCAGAACUGGAAGAGAACGAACGCGCUCCAAAAGUGGCAAUACUUAAAAAAUCCCGAGAGUUUGUGCACCAGCUCAUUCUAGAAGAACAACGAUUGUGCGCAGAUAAAGAACUUGAAAGACAACGAAGAUUAAUACUUCUAGAACGACUUCAUACGUUACGGAAUGGAUAUACGGUUAUGUGAGAAUGUUAGUCCUAGCCUAUUCAACUCUUUUAUUUUGAAUAAUAUAAAUAACACAAGUGUACAGAUAGCUUAGUAUCAUUAAUGACUGGUAGAAUUUCAAUUUUCUUUGGGAUAACAUAACUGGUAGUAUUCUUUUAGGAUUUUUUUUGGUACGACUUUCAAAGUAACGUAACUGCCAGCCCCCUAGGUGGAGUUUUCCAGUGACGUUUUAGGAGAGUUGUUUCUGAACGAAAUUAAAUUUAAAUUCAAUGACAAUCGAUAAUCAUACGACGCUACGUCUGGCGCAUUUCUAUAGGGUAUUAGUCAAAGAAGAAAACUAAUUCACAGAUCUCGAAACUUAAAGAAUCUUUUUCUAGGUGAAACCUAGCAAAUCAACAAUGAAGGUAUAUACUUUGCCCGGCUCCCUAUUAUUUGUCAGUUGUAAGAUGUUUUGUGUACUAUUUUUUAAGUUCUUUUUUAUUUGAACUUUCUUAAGUGUCGAGUAAGGGUGUGACUAGCUAGGUUUGCUAUUAGUCCGUCAUCCAAAAAAUUCUAUUCUUGUCUGAAUUAAGAUAUUUUAAUUUUCAAAUAAGUUAUUUUUCAAUUCUGUUGAAACAUUUCCUAAGGUCGGAAUCCAUUUUGUUUUAUUUUACUCUGAUUUAUACUGGUUGUUCGUGUACAGAAUUUGACAGAAACGAAUUCUUUUGUAGUCUUGUUGAUAGCCAGGUGUUCCUUUAGAUUGUUCAACAAAUUUAUUCAUGUCGCUUCGAGUUUCUUUUCAACUUCGACAAAAAAAUGUUCAGUAAAAGUACAACUUGAAUCAGACGUAAGAACCAAAUUUAUCAAAAAACUCAAGGCAGUUACAAACGAAUUCUUCCUGAAAAGAAUCAAAAACAUCCACUAAAAAAACUUUGCAGUUGCCAACGCCUUUAUUUUACAAGGAAUGUAUUUGGACUUCGUAAGUCGAUCGUCGACUAUUCAAAUUAGACAGUCCACUUUUCUAAAAAGCUUAAUCAUCAAUUUAUUUUUCUAGUCAACAGACUUCCGGUCUAAAAUUCGGCAUUUUCAAUUAGAUAUUUGAAUCAUACUGAGAAUGUUCAUUUUCAAAAUUUCCUUAUUUGUAAAUGAAUUCCAGAAUUCGAAGCGCGACAAAUUUGUAAUAAUUACCCGCCGUGCCGUUCAUAAUUUUUAUUGACAAAAUUUAUGCUUUAGUUUUUAAUAUAAUUAUAUUUCAUUCRGGUUUAGUUUAGUUCAAGUGAAUACAUUCUAUUCUCGGAUAUAUUUUUUAUUGUAACUGAUAAUUAAAAGCGGUUAAUCUCGGUGAGAAACCGCACGAAUCCAAUGUCUGGAAAAGCUACAUUCGCUGGGCAAGGUAUGGCUUACAGACAAUGAAUCAAAAAAACUUAAUUAGGAAUCUAUGUUGUAAAUAAAACGACCCUACUUCAGUAUAGGGUAUUAAUGUACUUACUUGUAAAGAAUUAGAAUACAGGCGUAUUAGUUUAAUAAUACUGUUAAAAACAAUAUAACUGAAUAUACAUGAAAUCAUGGUGAAUAGAUAAGUAGAAAUAAACAACAUUUAAAGGUGAA